AUGCCACCCCGAAAAUCCACGGGCGAAACCGUCGAAGACGCAGCAGCAUCCUCACCACAGGCCCAGACGCAAUCGCCGUCGACACAAACGCAACCGAUCCAAGCCACAGAGCAACAACUCAAGGCUAGGGCUGAGGGGGGUGUUAGUAUUGAGGACUACCUCCUCCCCCGCUCCCUCACACUUCGGCUUGCGAAGUCGGUCCUCCCACCGAACACCUCCAUCCAGAAGGAUGCAGUCCUCGCUAUCCAGAAAGCGGCUACGGUGUUUGUGUCGUAUCUCUCUUCGCAGUAUUACUCCCCGCCCCCUCCCUUUUAUUUCCCCCCCCUCUCUUUUCUUUUUGUGUCGGAUAAUGAAGGGAUAGUGUGUGCCAAUGAAGCGACUUUGAAGCGGACGGUUGCGCCGUCGGAUGUCUUUAGUGCGAUUUCGGAAUUGGAGUUUGACGGGUUCCGGUCGAGGCUGGAGAAAGAGCUGGAUGCGUUUACGGAGUUGAAGGCCGGGAAGAGGAAGGCGAAGAAGGGGGAUGCUGAGGCAACUGCGACGGAGGGCGCAAAGGGGAGUGCGGCUUCGGAGGGUGGUGGUGCUUCCAGGGGGGCGAAGAGGGUGAAGAGGGCUGAAGGAGAGGAGGCUGCUUCUAGUCGGCCGGAGGAGGGGGAUGAUGGGGAUGAGACGCAGGAUGAGGCGGAGCAGGUGGAUGAGCAUGAGCAUGAGCAUGAGCAUGAGCAUGAGUCUGAGGCCGAGGAGGAAGAUGAGGGUGAAGAAGAGGAAGAAGAGGAGGAGGAGCUGGGUGAGGAAGAGGAUAUCGAUCGGGUGGAGGACUUGGAUCGUGACCCGAGAGCGAAACGGGUCAUGGACCGGAUGCUGCUGGGGAUGAGUCGGACAGUGAUGACGAUGCUGGGCCGUCGUCACAGCUGCGGGGGGAUUUGGGGUUGGGUUGAUUCCGUAUGGUUCUACUGCUAA